AUGCACUACAAUAUCUUCGCUCCCGUGCUCUUGGCGGUAACGGUACUCGCUGUUCCCGUCCCCAGCCAGAACGAUGUAAUCGGCAAUCUUGGAAUCGCUGCCAACGUGGGCGGCGAUAAGACUGUCGGUGUUCUCGGUUUUAAGCGUGAUACCGAGGAUGUCAUCGGUGAUCUUGGUGUCGCUGCUAACGUCGGCGGUGAUAAGACCGUCGGUGUUCUUGGUUUCAAGCGUGAUACUGAGGAUGUCAUCGGUGAUCUUGGUGUCGCUGCCAACGUUGGCGGUGAUAAGACUGUCGGUGUUCUCAAUCUCAAGCGCGACGGUGGCGGCGGUGAUGACUCUGGCUCUGAUGUUAUUGGCAAGAUUGGUGCCGCUGUCAAUGUCGGCGGCGACGAGACCGUUGGAGUUGCCAAGUGA